AUGCGACAGCUCCAGUUCCAUGGUCCGCUCAAUAAGACUGGUAUAUCUGCUGCCGAGUUACAUGAACGAUUAAGAGAGUUCCAAAAGGAACUUUCAGAGACGGCGCAAGGCGAUCUUGACACAUCACAACUUGACGCGUAUUGCCAAGAGUUGAUCAAGCCUACGUUUCUGCGCCAUAAACACAAAGGCAUUCAAGCUAUUGUAGCAUGUAUAUUAGCAGACAUGCUAAGGCUAUACGCACCGAAUGCUCCAUUUUCUAGUCUAGAGAUCAAGCACCUUUUUCGUUUCUUACUGGCUCAACUCGUCUCUCCUUCACACGGACUGGCCAACCCAGAUGAUCCACUUUAUAAAGAUUCAGUGUAUGUCUUGGAAAGCCUUAGCACUGUGAAAAGUGUUGUCUUAGUGUGUGAUGUGCCCUCGGCAAAUGAGCUUAUUACAGAAUUCUUCGAAAAGUUGUGGAGUCUUGCAUCGUAA